AUGAAUAAUAAUAAUAUAAACUAUUCAUCAAUAAUGUCUAAUGAUCAUGAAACAGGUACAUCAGGUGAACCUUUACGUAUGUUUGAUCCAUCAUAUCAUACUUAUCCUCCACAUUCAAAUCUUUAUUCGGAUUAUACAAAUGCAGCAUCAAAAAUGGAAGCAUUGGAUUAUAACUAUUGGCCAACACCAUCAACUACUACACAUAAUAUUCUAACAAAUCCAACAAUUGCAAUUCUUGAUCAAACUCCAACAUCAUCCUCAUCUUCAACCUCGUCCUCCUCAUCAUCAUUAUCAAAUCCAACAAUUGAAACACUUGUACCUGCUUCAUCUGUACAGUUAGCCCAAAUAAAUACAUCAGCUACUAUUUCCUCAACACAUCAUCAUCAUCAUAUACAUCAACAUCUUUACCCGCCGUCACCUCCACCAUGUAAUGAUCCAUCAACAUGGCUUGGCUCAGGUAAUUAUCAAGCAUUACAUUCAACAGCAAAUCCAUCAUCCUAUCGUCAUUAUACAACUCCAUGUUCAUUUUAUUCAACAAAUAAUUUUUAUGAUCCAUCACAAACACAAUGGACACAGCCUCCACCACCACCACCACCAGCAUCACUUCCAAUUAAAUUUGAAUCAUCUUAUAGUCCACCCAACUAUUAUGAAAUACCCAAUCAUAUAAAUCAUUGUCAUGAACAAAUAUCUAAGGAUGAACCAUCAAAUUCACCACAGCAAAUAAAUUGGCAUAAAAAUGACUCAUCAUCAACAUCAAUGAUUCCAAUACCACCAAAAAAUCCAUUGAACGGAAAAACACGUACACGUGAUAAAUAUCGUAUUGUUUAUACAGAUCAACAACGAUAUGAACUUGAAAAUGAAUUUAUUAUAUCAAAAUAUAUUUCAAUACCACGUAAAUCAGCAUUAUCAGUAACAUUAUCAUUAAGUGAACGACAAAUUAAAAUUUGGUUUCAAAAUCGUCGUGCAAAAGAACGUAAAUUAAAUAAAAAACGACAAGAAAUAUCUUCAACACGCCAAUUAAAUAAUUCAAAUGAUGUUGAUUCACCAAGUGAUGGUGGUCUUGAAAGUCCAAAUUAUUAUCAAAAUUAUUCGUUACACGAUUAUAUAAAGCAGCAGCAACAACAACAACAACAGCAACAACCAAAAAGUGCUAUUGCUGAAAUGGAUUUAAGUGUGCUCAGUUGUCUUGGACCAGAUUUUGAUAAGCAAACAGUAUUCAAUUUGCUCAGUGAUAGUAAUUAUAUUGAAUCAGGUUUAACACAAUCUACUGCAUCAAAUUGGUGGGCAUCUAGUCCAUCUCAAUGGAAUAACUCAUUGAUACAAGUACCUGUUUAUACACCUCGUUCAGUAAUGAACGACCUUGAACCUCAAUCACCUACAAGUGCUACUAUUAAACGACCUUUAUCUGAUGUUAGCAAUCGAACGAUUGCUGGUCGAUCAUUGACAAAUAACCAAACACCACCGAAAAUAGAAUUGUCAACACUUGUACGAUCACCUACAACGGAUUUGCACAGUCGAGUGCCAUCAUCUAUUAAACGAUCACGUCUUGCACCUAACUUUUUUUCUUCUACUGUCUCUUCGUCAUACGAAACAUCACCACCAACAACACAACAAUCGUCUGACGUAGUAUCAACAAUCGAUACAACUGAACGAGCCUUGGAAAUUGCUCUUUUACUUAAAGAAUAUCCUGAUUGUAGUUGUGUACUUAUUACACUUAUUCAAGAAUAUCAAAGCCGAUUUCAAAAACCUCUCCAUGUAAGUGAAUUAUAUACAAUGAAACAUGCCAUUGACAUUCAAGAUUAUGGAGGUAACCGAAUUGCUCGUCUAUUGCCAGAAUUUCGUACUCGUUUCGAUGAAAAUUAUAUUAAUACUCAACUUGAACAACCUUAUUGUAUAAUACAUUGUUCAAAAAAUUGUAUUGUUAAUCCUGAUCUUGAUUUACCAUUUAUUCAAAUACCAUUCCGAACAUUUGCUGAUAACCUUCGUCAAUUAUUAAUUCAACAUAAUGGUUCAAUGCCUUUAGCUAGUUUUCCUCAAUGUUAUUCUCAUAAUUUCGAACCGUUAAUUGAUCAUUAUGAAGGUGUACCACUUGAGCAUUAUAUUUCAUGUAUCAAAGAUAUUCAAAUCGUAACUGGACAAGGAGUUAUUAAGAAAGUUCAAUUUUCUCAUAUACCAGGAGGAUCAUUUAUAUCAAUGCCAUUUGAUACAUCAAAUAUGCAUGUCGAUACAUGUGCUGAAGUUCAACAACGUUUACAACAAUUUUCACGUGAAGUUCUUGAUUUACUUAAAAACCAAGGUUCACAUUGUCGUUUACCUGUUUCAAAAUUUGUUUCGACUUAUCAUCAAUAUUUUAAUCGACAAUGUCGUGUUGCUGAUUAUGGUUUUUCAAAAAUGAUCGAUCUUUUAUCUGCCAUACCAAAAUCAAUUCAAAUACUUGGUGAUGGAAAUAAACGUAUUAUAACAAUUACUCAUCGAUGUCAAAUGAAACGAUUUACUAAUGAUAUUAUUCGUAUAUUGAAAAAUAAACCACAACGAUCAAUGUCAAUUAGUGAAAUUCCCAUCGAAUACGAAAUAGCUUAUAAAAAACCAUUUUGCAUCGCUGAUUUUGGUAUGUGCUAUUUGGACGAUCUUGUUAAUGAAGUAAAAGAUAAUAAAGAACUAGUAGUGGAAGCUGAGAAGAGCAUUAUUAAGCUUUAUCGUAAAGAACGAACGGAUUUAGAAGUUUAUGCAACCAGCAAUUUUCAACAAGAUAUUAUUGAUAUGCUUCGUGUCUUACCUGAUUUUAGUAUACCGUUUCAAAAAUUCAUUCCAUCCUACCACCAUCAUUUUGGUUAUCAAUGUAAAGUACAAACAUUUGGUUUUUCUCGUUUAGUUGAUUUACUUGAAGAACUUUCUCAUGUUGUCAACAUUAAUGAAGAUAAGAAUGGUGAGAAAAUUGUUCAAUUAACAUCAAAUAUGGUGGGACAUGCAAUAGUAUUAAAUAUCGAACAACUCGUUCGAAAAUCUCAUGGUGAAUUAAAACUUAAAGAUCUACGAGCACAAUAUUUACAAGUUUAUCGAAAUGAACUUAAUCCAGAAGAUUUUGGUUUCAACAAGCUUGAAACAUUACUUCACACAAUGACGGAUAAAUUUGAGUUUCAUUAUACUGAACCUGAUGUUUCUAUUUCAAUCAAAGAACCAAAUCCAAUAAUAUUACAACUAACGAAAAACGUUAUUCUUACAUUGAUGCUUUCUCAAUGCCAAUUAUCUUUUUGGCAAUUAAAACAAGAUAUGCUCGUGCGCUUUAAACAAGAUAUUACGUUGAAUAUGUGUCGUAAUGAAUUACGAGAUUAUGUCGAGAUAAUUGAUCAAACUGUUCGGUUAACUCCACCAAUGAUUUUUGCUUACAAUGUUGUACUUCUUCUAAGUCCAUGUGAUGGUCGUAUGCUUUAUGAUGAUUUUAUUGUUGAAUAUCAACGUCGAACUGGUUCAAGUCAUUUACUCUAUCCAACAGAUUAUGGUUUUCCAACAAUGGUUCGACUUUUUGAUGCUAUUCAACUUGUUGCUCAAGUUCGUGGUCGUCGCAAUUUUAAAAUAAUUAUGCUUGAUCCUGAAUUUCGACGUAUGUUAUUAAAGAAAAUUCAUGUCUUUUUUCUUGGAGCUGACAAAUUUUUUCCAAGAAAAUAG